UCGGCAGUGCCAUCGAUUGCCAAGUGGUGCACGAAGUGGGCAAAAAGACGGUGCAAUGUUUAACGCUUAAAUUCGUUAACUGGAGUUGCAUUGCGAACACAACAACAAUAAUAAUUUUAAAAUAAAACAACAACAGCAACAGUGCCAUGCCGGUCAAAUUGAUAACUAAUUAAACAGGCACCACAGCAGUAGAGCAGCAACAACAAAAACAAAACAAACUAAGCUUCACAUCAUAAAUACAUAUAUACAUACAUACAAAGGUAAUACUACAAAGGACACGAAGCGAAAAAAGGAAAAACAAACACAAAGGCAAACAGAAUAAAGGAAGAAAAGGGAGAAAGAGAGCGCAGCUUUCCCUGAAAUUGGGUCGCGCCUUCCAAGCUUCAUUUGUUGUUGUUGUUGCAGGUGAUUUUCAUACGAAUUUCAAUAUUUGUUGUUGUGUUGUGCAAGAGUGUGUGUGCGUGCAUUUGUUGCUGUCAUCUUUGCGUUAGUUGUUGUUGCUGUUGCGAUGGUUGUUUUUGUUGCUGGCAGCUAAAUGUUAUGGCAACACUCGCAACUUGCAUUUGUGUGGAGUGAGGACUGGACAGUAAAAGGAUAGCAAAAAAAAAAAACCAAUUGGCAAAACGAAAGGAAGCCUUAUAUUUCACCAGAUAAUCCUGGCACAAUUUAUGGCAGCUCUACGCGUGUGUAUUUGUGUGGAGUGAGCCGCAGGAGUAGCUUGAAAUUAAGGGAUACCACUGCUACAGACCAGCCAGUCAGGAGCCUUAAUCUCCACCAGAAACUGUUCAGCUUCAUAGUCCGAUCCCUAGGCAACCAUACAUAUUCAUAUAUAUAUAUAUAUAUAAUAUAUAUAUCAGAUUCCUUGUGAAAAAAUGAGUGUGGUGGGCAAACAACUGAAUACCGUGCAAUCCUCUAAUGCAGCUGCCGUGGCCACAUCGUCGUCCUCGUCCUCAGCGGCAGGAUCCUCUUCAUCCAGCAGUGGAGUGGAGGCAAAUGCCGGUGGCAAUAGUGUAUCCUCGGGAGCUGUUGCAUCCGGCGGUACCUCUAAUGAUGCGAAACGUGCCGCCGAACCAUCCAGCGUGAGUCCCGAUGAGGUACUCCAUUUGACCAAGAUCACGGACGAUUAUCUCUGUUCUGCCAAUGCAAAUGUGUUCGAAAUUGACUUUACGCGGUUUAAGAUACGUGAUUUGGAGAGCGGUGCUGUGCUCUUCGAGAUCGCCAAGCCGCCGAGCGAACAAUAUCCAGAUGGAUUGUCCGUAGAGGAAACUAUGCUGGCGGCAGCAGAGGAACUGUCGCUGGAGGAUACUGCCGAUCCGAAUGCCGGACGCUAUGUGCGCUAUCAAUUCACACCGGCAUUUCUUAAUCUCAAAACAGUUGGAGCCACUGUGGAAUUCACUGUGGGCAGCCAGCCUGUUAAUAAUUUCCGGAUGAUCGAACGCCACUUCUUCCGUGAUCGCCUGCUAAAGACCUUCGACUUUGAGUUUGGCUACUGCAUUCCAUAUUCGAAGAACACGUGCGAGCACAUCUACGAGUUUCCUAAUCUUCCACCCGACCUAGUGGCUGAGAUGAUAUCGAGCCCAUUUGAGACGCGCUCGGACAGCUUUUACUUUGUGGAAAACCGACUCGUCAUGCACAACAAAGCCGACUACGCCUACGAUGGCGGCAUUAUUGUCUAGGAAACCCAACUAAAGUUGAACAGCAACUAGAGCAAAACUAAUAACUAAAGAACUAAAAACUACAAAAGCUGUGAGACAAAAUCAAUGACUUGUCACACACACACACACACACAAAACACUUGAUACACCCACUCCAAACUAAAAAGGAAAAAAAAAACCAAACUAAAAAAUGAAAGUCAAGAAACACACACUCACAACACAUCGAAUCAAAUCGAGGAAUAUUAUCACAGCCAUUUUAGCCUUAGCACAAGAGUUUUACCCACCAUUCCUGUUUGAUGUAUUUAGCAAGGAUAAUGACUCCUGUACACACACACACACACACACACACAAACAUUGAAGCACGCGGACUGUGUUCAUUUAUCAAUGAUUUAAACUUCGACUAUAUAAUUUUAAGUGCAAUGUGAUUUCCCCUGAUUUAUAUCUGUAUUUAUACACAUUUAUUUAUUCCUAAUAAGUAAGUACACUCACACAUGCCCAACAAGAAACAUAUAUAUGUAUACAUAUAUAUAUAUAUAUAAAUACGAACGUAUACACACACGAAACCAAAGAACAAACGAAUUGGAAAAUUUUCGAAAACUUGCCGUCAAUUUUUGUAUGCAGGAUACGAUCAUACGGGAUCUAUAAGCUUCAUGGCAUUUUUUUCUUCGUAUCUGUGUAUGUAUAUUUUUUAACAAAAGAAAAACAGGAUGAGAAUAGGAAAUGGAAAUCUGAAAAAAAUCUAAAGAUCACACGCCGAAACAAGAAUGAUAAAUUAAAUUACAUUUUAAAUGUA